UCAAAUAAUUUCCUGAAGUUAAUAACAGAAAUGAGGAAAGAAAUGAAGAAACCAGAGCUGGUUUUCAUUCCUUCACCAGGGAUGGGUCACUUAGGAUCAACUGUUGAGCUAGCAAAGCUUCUCAUUGAUCGUAAUGAACACUUAUCAAUCACAGUUCUGAUUACGAAGUUUCCCUUUGAAACAAAGGUGGGUAGCUCCACAGAUUCGCAGACAGAAACUUCGGAUUCUCGCAUAAGGUUUCUUGAGCUCAAAAAAGAUGAGUCUGCUUCACAAACGGCAUCUUCUAAUUUGUUUAUGUAUCAGCUUAUUGAAGAUCAUAAAAGCAGUGCGAGGGAUGUCCUUGCUGAAAUAUCAAAUUCUGCAUCCUCUGAUCUUGCUGGAGUCCUCAUAGACAUGUUUUGCUCCUCCAUGAUUGAUGUAGCCAAAGAAUUUGGGGUUCCCUCUUAUGUUUUUUAUACAUCCGGUGCUGCAAUGCUUGGCCUUAUAUUGCAUUUGCAAAGUCUGAGAGAUGAUUUCGGAGAAGAUGUCACCAAUUAUGAGAACUCUAAAGUUGAAUUACCUGUUCCGACUUUCAUCAAUCCUGUUCCAGUUAAAGUUUUGCCAUCUCGACUGUUCGACAAGGAAGGGGGUGGCAACAUGUUCCUCAACCUGGCCAAAAGAUACAGGGAGACCAAAGGAAUCGUAAUCAACAGUUUUCUCGAGUUAGAAUCCCAUGCAAUACAGGUUCUAUCCAAUGAUAAAACCAUCCCACCAGUAUACCCAGUAGGGCCUAUAUUGAACCUUAAGGGAAGCGAUGGUCAAAAUCAAGAAACUGAGAUGAUUAUGAAAUGGCUUGAUAUUCAGCCUGAUUCUUCUGUAGUGUUCCUUUGCUUUGGCAGUGGAGGUUGUUUUGAUGGUUACCAAGUGAAGGAAAUUGCCUAUGCACUCGAGCGCAGUGGAUAUCGGUUCCUGUGGUCAUUGAGAAGGCCUCCACCUAAAGGAAAGUUUGAGUUUCCAGGUGAUUAUGAGAAUCUGGAAGAAGUCUUGCCAGAAGGGUUCUUGGAGCGAACUGCAGAGGUUGGAAAAGUUAUAGGAUGGGCACCACAGGCGGCAGUUCUAUCCCAUCCUGCUGUGGGAGGCUUUGUCUCUCACUGUGGCUGGAACUCAACCUUGGAAAGUGUUUGGUAUGGCGUUCCAACAGCAACUUGGCCACUUUAUGCUGAGCAGCAGGUGAAUGCCUUCCAGAUGCUGAAAGACGUGGGGAUGGCUGUGGAGAUCAAAAUGGAUUUCAAAAACACUUUUCGCGAGCCAAGUACUGCGAUUGUGGCUGCAGAUUUAAUUGAAAAGGCAAUUAAACAUCUUAUGGAUCCUGAGAAUGAAAUCAGAAAGAAGGUGACGGAAAUGAAAGAGAAGAGCAGGUUGACUCUUAAUGGAGGAGGAUCAUCCUCUGCUUCAUUGGGACGUUUCCUGGAUGCUGUGAUAGAUAAUAUUCCAUGACUGUUUGUCAGAUCUGACAUCUAUCAUUCGAC